AUGUAUCUUUGCCUUCAAAACACUGUCUUUCUUCCUUCCUUCCUCUCAUCGUCCCCUCGACAUUAUCCAUCAAACGCCUCAAGCCGAACCAUUAAAAGAGUAAUUCCCUCUUCGCACGUCCUUCCCAGCCAUCACCCCCUUUCACGACAUACAUCACACCGCCGAAGUUUCCCCUUCACAACACCAACUCCACCCCUCCACCAAUCCCUCUCCACUCAAACAAAAACCACCCCCGCCGCCCCCGCCAACACACCCACAAACCCCAUCUUCUCCAUCCCCCCAGCAGCAGCAGCAGCAGUACUCCUCGUCGCCCCCGCCCCCGUCGCCGUCGAACUCGUACUCCCACUCGCUGCGCUCUCGGUAAAAACGAACGUCGAGUUCCUGCUCACGCCUGUUUGA